CCCCUCAACAUGGCGGACUGGCCCGACGACGCAGCUACAAGCAACCCACCCCAUGGAAACGAUCCACGCCCUUACGCUUCUGGCAUCGAUGUCGAGCGGGCCAAGGAUGAGUUCCGCACGCUCGAACGCGUCCUCACCAACAGGUCUCAGCAUGAGACGCUCUCUGGCCAAACGACGCGCGCCCCGUCUGAUAUUGAGAAGGGAAAGCAGGGCGAUGAACCCGAACCAUUCAACCUAAGGGACUAUCUGUCCGCUUCCAACGACGCUCAAGAACAAGCCGGAAUCAAAUACGUUUCUCUAUCUCGCGGCCUCGCCACGAACUCAGCAUGGAUAGCAUGUGGAUGUCACUUGGGAGGACCUCGAGGUCAGGGUCUUCGGAGGUUUGGGGAUGAAGAUCUAUGUCGGCACUUUCGCAGGUUCCUGUCUCAACUUCUUCCUCGCUAUUCCUCUGUACAUCUGGGGCCUCGUGAUGUCGAUGUUCAAGAAAGAACAGGCUCCGACCCGACCCAUCCUACACAAGUCCGCCCGUUCUCUAGCAUGUUGAGCGGCUCGCUCAUCCUUCGCAGGAACUCUGGCAUGUUGAAAUCUGGCGAGAUGUGUCUGGUUCUCGGCUGCCCAGGAGCCGGCUGUACCACGUUUAUGAAGGCGAUCACCAACGAUCGCGACACAUUCGGAGAGGUUCUAGGACAGGUUUUGUACGAGGGAAUCGAUGCUGAGACCAUGCGCGAGCACUAUAAGGGCGAGGUCGUCUUCAACGAAGAGGACGACAGGCAUAUUGCGACUUUGACUGUCGCGCAAACGCUCAGUUUCGCGCUAUCUUUGAAAACCCCCGGUCCCAACGGUCGUCUUCCGGGUGUCACACGGAAGGACUUCGACAGGGAGGUGCUCGACACUCUGCUCCGGAUGCUCAACAUUUCGCACACUCGGCAAACCCUUGUCGGAGAUGAGUUUGUGCGCGGUGUCUCUGGUGGAGAGCGUAAGCGAGUCAGUAUCGCGGAGAUGAUGGCGACCCGCGCGCGCGUCCAAGCCUGGGACAACAGCACUCGCGGCUUGGAUGCAUCGACGGCGCUCGACUACGUGAAGGCUCUGCGUGUUCUGACCGAUGUUCUCGGUCAGACCACUUUCGUCACACUGUAUCAAGCUGGUGAAGGUAUCUACGAUCUGUUCGACAAGGUCCUCGUUCUCUCCGGUGGCCGUCAGGUCUUCUUCGGCAAACCGACUGAGGCUCGCGCCUACUUCGAAGGUCUCGGAUACAAUGCCAUGCCCCGACAGAGCACACCCGACUAUCUCACCGGCUGCACCGACGCCAACGAACGGCAGUUCGCGCCGGGUCGUUCUGAGCACGAUGUCCCUUCCACGCCAGAGGCCCUCGAGCAAGCCUUCCGCCAGUCUACGGCCUACAGCGAAAUGCAGAGCGGGCUCAAGGCGCUCAAGGUCGAAAUGGAGACCGAUCGGCGCGACCAGGAGGCCUUCCGCGCUGCCGUCGCCGACGACAAGAAAAAGGGCGUAUCGCGCAGCAGCCCCUACACGCUCGGUUUCACGGCUCAGGUCAUGGCGCUGACAAAGCGGCAGUUCCGGAUGCGCAUGCAGGACAAGUUCCAGCUGUACACCAGUUUCUCGCUGUCGACGGUGCUCGCCCUGAUCAUCGGUGCCGCUUUCUUCAACAUGCCAACGACAUCGGCCGGUGCCUUUACUCGAGGCGGUGUCGUUUUCGCCGCGCUGUUGACGACCUGUUUGGAUGCGUUCGGUGAGAUGCCGACCCAGAUGCUGGGACGCCCGAUCUUGCGGAAGCAGACCGGCUACAGCAUGUACCGUCCGUCGGCUAUCGCUGUGGCCAAUACGCUCGCUGAUCUGCCCUUCUCCGCCACUCGCAUUUUCAUGUUCAAUGUGCCGGUGUACUUUAUGACGCAUCUGGCCCGCUCUGCGGGUGGAUUCUUCACGUUCCAUCUGUUCGCUUAUGUGGCCUACCUGACCAUGCAGGGCUUCUUCCGCACGUUCGGUGUGUUGUGCACCAACUUUGACGUCGCCUUCCGGCUCGCGGUGUUUUUCAUUCCCAAUUUCAUCGAGUAUACUGGGUACAUCAUUCCAGUCAUUAAGAUGAAGCGCUGGCUAUUCUGGAUUUACUAUAUCAACCCGAUCGCAUAUGCCUGGCAAGCCUGCAUGGAGAAUGAGUUCAUGCGCAUCAAUAUCACCUGCGACGGCAACUACAUUGUUCCCCGCAACCUGGGAAGCCUGACCAAGUACCCGAAUGGGCUGGGACCUAACCAGGUCUGCACGCUGUUCGGUGCCAGCGCCGGCAGCGCCAGUGUUUCGGGCAACGCGUACAUCAAUGCCGGCUACGGAAUCAGUGCCAGCAAUCUCUGGAAGCGGAAUCUGCUUGUCCUGCUUGGGUUCAUGAUCGUGUUCCAGGUGACUCAAGUAGUGGCCCUCGAGUACUUCCCUCGGUACAACGCGAACAUCUCCGUCAACAUCUUCGCCAAGGAAAGUGCUGACUCUGCGAAGCGCAAUGCAAUCCUGCAGGCGCGCAAAGCUGACAAGGCGCGCAUCAACGCCGAGAAGGCUGCAGCGCUCGAAAAACAGUCUGGCGCCCCUGCUGCUCUUUCCGAUGUGCACCGCAAGACUCUCACUUGGCAAAACCUCAACUACCACGUCCCGGUUCCGGGAGGCACUCGCCGCCUGUUGCACGACGUCCAGGGUUACGUUGGGCCUGGCUUGACCGCGCUCAUGGGCGCGUCGGGCGCUGGCAAAACCACGUGUCUGGAUGUCCUCGCGCAGCGCAAGAACAUCGGUGUGAUCAGCGGUGAUAUCCUUGUCGACGGGCGCCCCCUCGCGUCGGACUUUGCGCGUGGCACCGCUUACGCUGAGCAGAUGGAUGUUCACGAGGAGACUGCCACCGUCCGCGAGGCCCUCCGGUUCUCUGCUUAUUUGCGUCAGCCUUCUUCGGUUCCUGUUUCGGAGAAGGACGACUACGUUGAGGAAAUCAUCGAGCUUCUCGAGCUCCAAGAUUUAUCUGAGGCUCUGGUGUUCUCUCUGAGCGUUGAAUCCCGCAAACGUCUCACCAUCGGAGUUGAACUUGCCAGCAAGCCCGAGUUGUUGUUGUUCUUGGACGAGCCCACCAGUGGAUUGGACAGUCAGAGCGCCUGGAACGUCGUCCGUUUGUUGCGCAAGUUGGCAGACCAAGGCCAGGCUAUUCUGUGCACCAUCCAUCAGCCCAGUUCAUUGUUGUUCGAGUCCUUCGACCGUCUUCUUUUGCUCGAGCGCGGUGGCGAGACUGUCUACUUUGGUGAUAUUGGCAAAGAUUCUCACGUGAUCCGUCAAUACUUCGCUGAGAACGGAGCCACGUGCCCUGCGAACGUCAACCCGGCUGAGUUCAUGCUCGAGGCCAUCGGUGCUGGUGUCGCUCCUCGCAUUGGAGAUCGUGACUGGAAGGACGUGUGGCUGGACUCCCCCCAGUGCGCUCAGCUGCGGGACACCAUUGAUGCCAUCAAGUCGCGCGGACUCGCUCAGCCUGUGCUGGACAAGAGCCACGAGAGCGUCUAUGCCACUCCGUUCAUGUACCAGAUGCGCAUCGUCACGAUCCGAAACAUGCUCGCUCUCUGGCGUCGCCCGGACUACAUGUUCACCCGUCUUUUCGUCUGCUCGUUCAUCUCUCUGUUCGUCUCGCUGUCCUUCCUCCAACUGGGUACCAGCGUCCGUGAGCUGCAGUUCCGUGUCUUCGCUAUCUUCUGGGUCGGCAUUCUUCCCGCCCUCGUCAUGGCCCAGAUUGAGCCGCUGUUUAUUAUGAACCGGAGAAUCUUCAUCCGCGAGGCCUCGAGUCGGAUCUACUCGCCUUACGUCUUCUCCAUCUCGCAGACCAUCAGCGAGCUGCCCGGCGCCAUGUUCUCUGCGAUCGUGUAUUGGCUGUUGAUGGUGUACCCGAUCGGCUUCGGACAGGGCAGUGCUGGACAGAACGGCAACGGCUUCCAGCUGCUGGUGACCAUCUUCAUGAUGCUCUUCGGUAUCUCGCUCGGACAGCUGGUUGCCGCGAUCAGCCCUAGUGUCCAGGUCGCUGCCCUCUUCAAUCCUUUCUUGACGCUGGUGCUGUCCACGUUCUGCGGUGUCACUCUUCCGCAUACUUCGAACAGCCUAUGGUGGACCUGGCUCUACCAACUGGUACCCUACACCCGCGGUAUCUCGUCUAUGGUGGUGACCGAAUUACAUGGGCUACCCAUUCGCUGCAACAGCGACGAGUUUUCGAUCUUCAACCCGCCGUCCAACAACACUUGCGUGCAGUGGGCUCAAGAUUUCAUCAACAUCGCUGGAGGGUAUCUGGACAACCCGAGCGCCACAUCAGCCUGCCGGUACUGCCAGUACAAAGUCGCAGACGAGUUUUACACUCCACUGGGGAUGUCGUUCUCGAAUCGCUGGAGGGAUGUGUUCAUCGUCCUCGUCUUCGCUGUGUUCAACAUCAUCGCUACCGUGAUCGCGUCCAGGUUCCUGCGUUAUGCGAAGCGGUAGUCUGGCUGAUUGACCUAGAUGUGCCGACGUCCCCAAAUUU